GCUCUGUCUUAGUUGUCAAUAUACUCAGAAAAGGAAUUCAAAAAUCUAAAACUGGUUAAUCAGAAUGUAAUAGUGAGAUGAUCUUUAUUAUCUCAGUCUGUAAUAGCUCAGUGGAUAAGAGCACGGCAUGGCAUGCCGUAGGCCUACUUAUAAGUUUCUUAUAAGAUUCUUAACUGAUGCUUAUAUAAGAAUCGACGCCUAGGGGUAUGGCAUUUUGACAAAUUUUGCAAAAGUUUUGCAUUAUCAAACAUUUAAUAGUUAUUCAAUGUUCUUUGCGGAAAAUUUCAAUUUCUUCUGACAGCUUCAGUCUAUUAUUAGUCUACUAAAAGUCUACGCUAUCAACAUUUUCAUUUUGUUGCAGAACUGAACUCUUGGACAUUGUCGAUGUCUGGAACGUAUCCACCUGUUGCAGCUGAGAAUACCUGUGCGUCGUUGUUAGAUGGUAACUUUAAUACCGGUGCCGCAACUUGUUCGAGCGGGGAGGAUUGGAUAAAAGCAACAUUUCCUAAACCUCCUUGUGUCACUUCUAUCACUAUUGCCCCGUUACAGAAGGAUACUAAUGUAUGGGAAGCCACAAAUGGCAGUGGUGGAUCAGUACAAUAUUCGAAUGACGAUCAAACAUGGACAAAUUGUGGAAAUAUUGAGUAUGUUGCAAUGCAAAAGCAAAAAAUUGAAAUCGGUGGUGUUGAUGCGCGCUAUUGGAGAUUAUAUUGUAUCUCCUACUUGGGCACCAGUAGUUUUAUAUUUAGAUAG